AAAUGUUAAAAGAUACACCAACGUGUGGUAGGCUGUUGUAUUUAUUAUUAUUCUAUGAUUCUUUAAUUUUGUACUUCAAGCAUUGUCUUCUUGCUUUACAGUAAAGCCCUCACUCCAGGAAUUGAAUGGCAAUCUGUUCAGGAAGCGCUAACGCUGAAGUCAUUAUCCCGCUGAUGACUUUUUAUUUGCAGUACUGGCAUCAUGAGUUUCUCGUUUGGGAUCCUGACAAGUGUGAUGGAGUCUCCAGGAUUUCGCUCCCUGUGAACAAACUCUGGACUCCAGAUAUCAUCAUCUAUGAGUUGUACGUUUCCUUUUGCGCGUCUACCCACCCACUUCCGCCGUCCAGCGUUGACGACGACGUCUCCCAAGCUUGUCCGUAUGUCUACAUCAACCACACAGGUCACAUUCGUUGGGACAGGAUGCUGCGUCUCGUCUCAGCCUGCAACCUGGAGAUCUUCAGUUUUCCUUUUGAUGUGCAGAAUUGCACUUUUACCUUUGGCUCCUACAUGCACACCAUACGUGACGUGAGGGUUAGCCCAGCGCUGACCUUCGAGGAGAUGUCUGGGAACUCGAAGCGUUACCUGGAAGCCAGUGGAGAGUGGGAACUGGUGGACAUACUAGGAGAAACCUCCAUCCUGCAGUUUGGGAUUGACGAAUGGGACAUAAUUACUUUUUGGGUGGUGAUAAAGCGACGUCCAGUGCUCUACGUGGUCAACCUGCUCAUCCCCAGCUCCUUCCUCAUGCUCAUUGACAUCCUGUCAUUCUACCUGCCUCCCCACAGCGUGGACCGGGCCUCCUUCAAGAUGACCCUCAUCUUGGGCUAUACCGUCUUCCUGCUCAUCAUGAAUGACCUACUGCCCAGCACCGCUAAUGGAACACCCAUCAUAGGUAUCUACUUCUCAGUGUGUCUUGCCCUAAUGGUGAUCAGCCUGCUGGAGACCGUCGUCAUUACGAACGUUCUCCACAACAACUCCAUGAAACAUCUAGAGGUCCCACGCUGGGUGAGGGUGGUGGUGCUUCAACAUGUCGCCAACCUCAUCUGUUACCGCUGGCAAGAGGAGCCACAGCCUCCCUCAGUGAUUCAGGAAAAAUCUUCUGAAGCACCGGGUCCAAUCACCCAAUCCGAAAGCAGGACUUCGGCCGAAAACCCAAUCAGCAAUGAAGGCACUGCCGCAAUGGCCGAGCUCCAGCAGAUCUGUCAGCACCUGAGCGAGCUCCGUGCUUACCUAACUUCCAUGCAGAAGGAGAAUGAGCUGCAAGAGCAAUGGUGCCACGUAGGUUACGUCCUGGACUUCCUGCUCUUCCGCAUCUAUCUCCUGCUCAUCUCCUGCUACGCCCUGGUCAUCAUCUCCAUGUGGUGCAUCUGGAUCAGCCCAGCUUAGCCACACACACACACACACACACACACACAAAAACACCUGAUGUUAAUAC